GCUCCCAUAAAUAUAUAAUGCAACAACAAAAAACAGAAAAAAACUAAGAAGAAAAAAUAGAUCACAAACAGAGUGUACAUCAGAUUAGAUGUGACAUAACUAUAUCACAUCUAUAUGUGUCCUAGAGAGAUCCAAAUUAUUUUAUUUCCCAAGAAGCAGGGAGUAGGAGUAGCUCCCGUUCCGUUUGCACUUGGGAAAUCAUCAUGAUCCGAACUCCGAAGUGGCCGUUAACUUGUCUUCUUAUUACAUCUAGCUAGUUGUAUCCAAUCCAAUCCAAGAAGGUAAACGGGACGCUCUCUUUCUCGUGUUCUGUUCUGUUUCUGUUUGCUUUCUUUUCCCCUCCCCAGCAUAUAAUAAGCAGGCACGACCCCUGUCCACCAAAGCAACGCAACGCAAGCACAAGCACAACCACAACCACAACCAGCGACAUCGUCUUCUCUUCUUCACGUAGAUAGAUAGACAAGUUUUCCAUCUCGCUUUUCCUCUUCGGGGCCUGAUGGAGAACAAGGAGGCGGCUGCAGCGGCGGCGCCGGCCGUGCCGGAGAAGGAGUCGCAGGCGGCGUCGACGUGCUUUAAGAGGACGGUGGCCGAGGACGCGGGGCUGAUGGAGCUGGCCAAGGACCAGUACCGGCAGUUCAAGGAGGCGCAGGGGAGGGACCACUGGGAGUGCAUCAAGAACAAGGUCAGCUCCAUGUUCGCCGACCCCAUCUUCGGCGGCUUCAAGCCUGACUCCACCACCAACACGCCGCCGUCCGUCGAGUCGCAGUAGAUCGCCGUCGUCGUCUAGAUACUGGCCUAUAUAUAUAUAUAUAUUGCCUUGUUUUAGCUGCUACUUUAGUUAUGAGGAUCAUGGGCCUAUAUAUAUAUAUAUAUAUAUAUAUAUAUAUAUAUAUAUCGCUGCUACUUUAGUUAUGAGGAUCAUGGGCCUUGUUUUAGCUGUGGGGAAAUUACUGGAUUUUUUAAUAAGAUCUGGAUCCUUGUGAAAUCCUA